AACUAGUCUUGUGAUAACUUGAAGCAAGCAUUAAUUUGUUAAAUAUCAAUAACUUGUUCAGGUCUUUUUCUGUUGACAACUGGUUUGUAAAAAAUUUGUUUUGUGCAAGUUGCAUUUCAAAGUCGUUUGAAUUGGCGCCUACAUUUUUCUUUCUGAAUGUGAGGAGUCCUUUUAUGGGUUUGGACUUACCAGAGCAAAUGGAUCCAUCAGUUGAAAGAACUCCUUUUGGAAAUAUUUUCAAACUUAUCAAAAAACUCUCGGAGCAACGAAAAAGCUUACUGGAUGAGAGAAAGAAACUGGACAAUACUCGUUGGCAGUUGCACGCUGAACUAAAGUCAGUUGAUUCUCGUCUGACUGAGUUGGUAGAACAACGAGUGGCGUUGGUUCAGAGUCUUGAACAACUCUCAGAAAAAGACGAUAUUCUUCAAAAGGAUAUUGAGGAACUUGACUUGCAGCUUGAUUCUGUUUUCAAAGAAGGAAAGAAGUUUGAGGAUUUCAUUCGCAAGUUAAACACAAGCGAACAAUACGUGGAAAAUGAGCCUGCUUGUGAAGACUUUUCCCCACAAGUGAGCAGCUCUAUAUGUCUUCAUACUUUUUGUGGUCACUCGGGAGGUGUCCUUUCGCUCGAUUUUCAACCUGAUCUCAAUGUACUUGCUACAGGUUCAAGCGAUAGAAGAGUAUUAUUGUGGAAUUUCGCCAGCAACAGAUUAAUUGCCAUGUUGUAUGGACAUACUGGUUGGGUUCAUAGUGUAUUUUUUGCUGACCAUAUUCUUGCAACAGGCUCUGGUGACUGUACUAUAUGUCUUUGGGAUUUAUCCUCUUUCCAGAAAUGUGUAGAAAACGAAAAAGUGGAUAUUUGUUAUGAUGUAGACUGGCAAAGUAACAUUCAUCGUCGUCGCCAAAUUCUAAGAGGACAUCUAGCAGGCGUUUCAACACUUCAUGGUGACCUGAGUACCCGUUCCUUAUUGAGUGGUUCAUUGGACAAGACUAUAGCACAGUGGGAUAUGGAAACUGGAAAACAAGUAACUACAAUGAGGGGUCAUGAGGGAGGUUUGUUCACAGUACAAGCUUGGCAAUAUGCUGUUGUCAGUGGCAGUAGCGAUCGUACUAUUCGUCUAUGGGAUUUGAGGAGCCGAGAUUGUCAGCGCAUUUUCAGAGGACAUAUGGGUAGUGUUCAUGCGCUUCAGUUUGAUGAAGCCAAGUUGGUUUCUGCAUCUUCAGAUCAUACUGUAAAGUUAUGGGACUUGCGAAAUGGUCAAUGUUAUGAAGAUUUGUCUUUAGAAGGAGUAUCAAGGGCCUUGUGUUUUGAUGAAGACUUGCUUGUAUUAUCUUGCGAUAAGAAUCUAUAUGCAUACGAUAUCGAUACUUAUCAAAGACAGUCGAGAUUUCAAGGACAUUCGAGUUCUGUUCGAGAUAUCAUUUUGGUAGACAUAGGUCAAGAAGAAAUGAGAGACUAUGGUGUACAGGAACGUUUUAGCACAAGAACCAGUAGCCUCUGUUCUUAUGCCAAGUCCAAGGCUGUUGUGUCGGCGUCUCUCGAUGGCACUGUCAAAGUAUGGUCGGUUUAACUCAAUUUGUUUGUCAUGUUGUCAACACUAUUAUACAUACUUGUAUACUUUCAAGGACACUUUGAUA